AUGGAUAAACACUGUGCUGAAGCCACUUCUGAUUGGAUGGCCAAGAAGCUGGUUGGUGUCAUGAGAGAUCAUCCUAAUAUGACCAGCAAAGGUGUAGAGGGUCCAUUUGGAGGUGUGCUUCUCACAGCAGUUGCUUUGGAUGCAAACAACAGCAUUUUUCCAAUAGCAUUUGCUGUAACUGAAUGCGAGAACAAGGAUACUUGGAGGUGGUUCUUCUAUUACUUUCAAGAGUUCUUUGGACCAUUAGACAACAACAUCCCUUUAACUUUCAUGAGUGAUAGGCAGAAGGGACUGAAUCUUGCUUAUGAGGAGAUAUUUCCUGAUGCAACUGGUAGGCAUUUUUGUAGGCAUAUAUGUAGCAAUUUCAAGUCUCAAUUUCCAGGAAUAUUACUUAGAAGUUUCUUUUGGAAGGCAGCAAAAAGUUAUGAUGUUGUUGGCUAUAAUGAAGCAAUGGCAAGUAUUAAAGAUAUUAACAUUGCUGCUUGGAGAUAUCUGGACAAAAUUCCAAGAAGUUCCUGGUGUAGGCAUGUCUUCUCAUCUGAACUUAAGUGUGAUCAUGUAACAAAUAAUUUCACUGAAUCCUUUAAUAAUUGGGUUGGUGAUCUUAGAGGAAAGCCUAUACUGACAUUAGUGGAUGGUUUGAGGAGAAAAUUCAUGAAAAAGUUGCACAAGAGGUACCAGAAAGGUUGCACUUUGACUGCUAAUAUCACUCCCAGGAUUGCUGAGAAACUCACACAGAUUAGCCAAGCAUCAAGAAAAUGUGAGAUACAUAUGGCUAGUGAAGAUACAUUCGAGAUUGGUGAUGGUGAUAGAAGCUACAUAGUUAAUCUCAGCAAAAGAAUCUGUGAUUGUGGUGCUUUUCAGAUAUCUGGAAUUCCAUGUAAACAUGCAGCAUUGGGAAUUAUUUAUAGGAGAAAAAAUUGGAACAUUACUGUGAAGCCUGGUUCACGAGGGACAUGUAUUUGA